UGCCCGCUCCUCCCCCCAGGCCGCAAGUUCAUUAUCGCCAACGCUCGGGUGGAGAACUGCGCGGUCAUCUACUGCAACGACGGCUUCUGCGAGUUGUGCGGGUACUCGCGGGCCGAGGUGAUGCAGCGGCCCUGCACCUGCGACUUCCUGCACGGGCCGCGCACGCAGCGCCGCGCCGCCGCGCAGAUCGCGCAGGCCCUGCUGGGCGCGGAGGAGCGAAAAGUAGAGAUCGCCUUCUACCGGAAGGAUGGGAGCUGCUUCCUGUGCCUGGUGGAUGUGGUGCCCGUGAAGAAUGAGGACGGUGCGGUCAUCAUGUUCAUCCUCAACUUCGAAGUGGUGAUGGAGACUGACCUGGUGGGGUCCCCGGCCCGGGACACCAAUCACCGGGCCCCCCCCUCCAGCUGGCUGGCCCCAGGCCGAGCCAAGACCUUCCGCCUGAAGCUGCCCGCGCUGCCGCCACCGCGCCACGCCAGCACCGGGGCCGUGCACCCCCUGCGCAGCGGCCUGCUUAACUCCACGUCGGACUCGGACCUCGUGCGCUAUCGCACCAUUAGCAAGAUUCCCCAAAUCACCCUCAACUUUGUGGACCUCAAGGGGGACCCCUUCCUGGCUUCGCCCACCAGCGACCGGGAGAUCAUAGCACCCAAGAUAAAGGAAAGGACCCACAAUGUCACUGAGAAGGUCACCCAGGUGCUGUCCCUGGGCGCUGACGUGCUGCCGGAGUACAAGCUGCAGGCGCCUCGCAUCCACCGCUGGACCAUCCUGCACUACAGCCCCUUCAAGGCCGUGUGGGACUGGCUCAUCCUGCUGCUGGUCAUCUACACGGCCGUCUUCACCCCCUACUCGGCCGCCUUCCUGCUGAAGGAGACGGAGGAGGGGCCGCCGGCCCCCGACUGCGGCUACACCUGCCAGCCGCUGGCCGUGGUGGACCUCAUCGUGGACAUCAUGUUCAUCGUGGACAUCCUCAUCAACUUCCGCACCACCUACGUCAACGCCAACGAGGAGGUGGUCAGCCACCCGGGCCGCAUCGCCGUCCACUACUUCAAGGGCUGGUUCCUCAUCGACAUGGUGGCCGCCAUUCCCUUCGACCUGCUCAUCUUUGGCUCCGGCUCGGAGGAGGUGGGGGGCGGCCGGAGGGGGCGGGGGAGGGCUGUGCUCGCCAGCCUGGACCAGUCAGGGUCCAGAGGGGCAUCUAACUUGUCUUGCAAGAGGCCGCUGCCCGCCCCUGCCCACGCGGCGCCCUGGGAGCCAGAGCUCUGGCCGGCCGCUGGGGCCCUCAUGUACGCCAGCAUCUUUGGCAACGUGUCUGCCAUCAUCCAGCGCCUGUACUCUGGCACCGCGCGCUUCCACACGCAGAUGCUGCGUCCCUCGGACGCUGACGGCCCCCUCCACCCCGCCCCAGCCCUCAUGUACGCCAGCAUCUUUGGCAACGUGUCGGCCAUCAUCCAGCGCCUGUACUCGGGCACCGCCCGCUACCACACGCAGAUGCUGCGGGUGCGCGAGUUCAUCCGCUUCCACCAGAUCCCCAACCCGCUGCGCCAGCGCCUGGAGGAGUACUUCCAGCACGCCUGGUCCUACACCAACGGCAUCGACAUGAACGCGGUGCUGAAGGGCUUCCCCGAGUGUCUGCAGGCCGACAUCUGCCUGCACCUGAACCGCUCGCUGCUGCAGCACUGCAAGCCCUUCCGGGGGGCCACCAAGGGCUGCCUGCGCGCGCUGGCCAUGAAGUUCAAGACCACACACGCGCCGCCGGGGGACACGCUGGUGCACGCAGGAGACCUCCUCACCGCCCUCUACUUCAUCUCCCGGGGCUCCAUCGAGAUCCUGCGGGGCGACGUGGUUGUGGCCAUCCUGGGGAAGAACGACAUCUUCGGGGAGCCCCUGAACCUCUACGCCCGACCCGGCAAGUCCAACGGGGACGUGCGGGCCCUCACUUACUGCGACCUGCACAAGAUCCACCGCGACGACCUGCUGGAGGUGCUGGACAUGUACCCCGAGUUCUCUGACCACUUCUGGUCCAGCCUGGAGAUCACCUUCAACCUGCGAGACACCAACAUGAUCCCCGGCUCUCCCGGCAGCGCGGAGCUGGACGGCGGCUUCACCCGGCAGCGCAAGCGCAAGCUGUCCUUCCGCCGGCGCACGGACAAGGACCCGGAGCAGCCAGGGGAGCUGUCGGCCUUGGGGCCGGGCCGGGCUGGGGCUGGGCCCAGUGGCCGGGGCCGGCCAGGGGGGCCGUGGGGGGAGAGCCUGUCCAGCGGCCCCUCCAGCCCGGAGAGCAGUGAGGACGAGGGCCCAGGCCGCAGCUCCAGCCCCCUCCGCCUGGUGCCCUUCUCCAGCCCCAGGCCCUCAGGAGAGCCCCUGGGCGGGGAGCCCCCGCUGGAGGACUGUGACAAGAGCAGCGACACCUGCAACCCGCUGUCAGGCGCCUUCUCGGGAGUGUCCAACAUCUUCAGCUUCUGGGGGGACAGUCGGGGCCGCCAGUACCAGGAGCUGCCUCGCUGCCCCGCCCCCACCCCCAGCCUCCUCAAUAUCCCUCUUGCCAGUCCCGGCCGGCGGCCCCGGGGGGACGUGGAGAGCAGGCUGGAUGCCCUGCAGAGGCAGCUCAACAGGUGGGGGCCUGCCGUCGUGAUCCCCGGGCUCGGCCCCUCCUGCUGGUGGGUUUGGGUGCGGCUGCGUCCUCUGGUCCUCUGGGGACGGGCGUGGCCGCGUCUUGGCCUGGAAGCCCCGGGACCCUGCCCCGCAGCAGAGGACCGGCUUGGCUCUGGCCCCUGGACGGCUCCGCUCCCGCCACGGCUGCUCCGUCCCGCCUUUGCCCGCCUUUGCCCGCCCUCUGGUGCCCACCCUCCCCCAGAGCUGGCCCGCUCACCCCUGUGUCCUUUGCAGGUUUCCCAGCUCAUGGCACGCGAGGAGCUCCCCCCGGGGGCCCCGGAGCUCCCCCAGGACGGCCCCCCUCGACGCCUCUCCCUGCCCGGCCAGCUGGGGGCCUUCACCUCCCAGCCCCUGCACAGACACGGCUCAGACCCGGGUAGUUAGUGGGGCUGCAAGCGCGGACACGUGGCUCCCCAGAGUCCAGCACACUGCCUGGCCCCCGCAGGCCCUGCCCAGGAGGCCCCGGCCAGGAGGGUGCGGGCAGGCGGCGCCCCUCCCCCGCCUGGGGAGCCUCCUCUGCAGGCCCGCGUGGGAGGGCAGGGGCAGGGCCGGAGGGGGGGUCUGUGGCCCCCCCACUGCCCUGGGGGCAUUAGCUGGUCUAACUGCCCGAGGCACCGGCCCUGGGCCUUAGGCACCUCAAGGACUUUUCUGCUAUUUACUGCUCUUAUGUUAAGGAUAAUAAUUAAGGAUCAUAUGAAUAACUAAUGAAGAUGCUGAUGACUAUGAAUAAUAAAUAAUUAUCCUGA